UUGACUUUUUGCAUUACAUUCCUCGAUAAUCGUAAUAUGAAGUGUAUCGGUUACCUUUAAUAUCAAUUUUAUUUUUUUACUGACAACAUUGCCCUCGAGAUUUCGUAAUCUCGAGAUUUCUUAUCUCAAUUUUAAAAUGUUGUUUACACUCAAAAGUUCCAUUGCUUCUUCCCAUUCAAACAAUAGCUGCGAUUUAUCGAUUUAGGACUUAACAUGAAUCAAUUUAUACCGGUUUGAAACCAUUUGUUAACAUGCAGCAGAAAGGUCAAAAGCCAUAAAUUUAGCUAUGAUUUAAUAAAUUGGAGGCGCGGAAAAUAAUGCAACAAGAAGUUUUACAAUGUCUAAUAAUGACCGUUUUUAAAUCAAUAAUGUUUAUAGUAAAGUGUAUUGAGCAUGUGCAGAAAUUUCAUCCCCAAUUUUGCUACACCCCUAAAAUGUGUAGAUCAAUGGAUUCCUUGAUCAAUAUAAGAAAUUAAAUGCAGUGUAAAAUAAUGUAUUCGUUUUUUUAAAAGUGUUUAAACAUAAUUUUAAUGUUUAUGAUUGUUGAAAAUAAUGGACAGUGUAAAGUCAAUAACAAAUGUGAUAAAAUGUGAUUGUUUGCCCCCAGAUGGUUAAAUGAAUUAAAAUAUCUCACUAUCAAAACAAAUCUUAAACUCAAUCUUUAAAAUGCAAACUCUUAGAAAGAAAACUAGCCCCCUUAAAUAUAAAAAUGAAACAACUAGGUUUUUGGGAGAUGGGGUGAGUUUUAAGGCAAAGCUGAUAGGAAUCCUGGAAGUGUCCGAAGCAAGGGGUGAUAGGAUGUGCCAGGAGGCUCUUUCCGAUUUAAAAAUGGCCAUUAGAGCUGCGGGGGAGCACAAGCAAAGGAUCACUAUCAACAUAGCGAUUGAUGGGUUGAGAUUGCGAGAUGAAAAAACAGGGGAUUCCUUAUAUCACCAUCCGGUACAUAAAAUAUCUUUUAUUGCUCAAGAUAUGACCGACUCCAGAGCGUUCGGGUAUAUUUUUGGAUCACCUGAUACAGGACAUAGGUUUUUCGGUAUAAAAACCGAUAAGGCGGCAAGUCAGGUUGUGAUUGCAAUGAGAGAUCUAUUCCAGGUUGUGUUUGCUCUGAAGAAAAAAGAAAUCGAACUCGCUAAACAGCACCUCGAAAAAAGUAGAUAUCCUUCUCCGAUUUUUUCUGAUUCUAGCUCCGGCUCUAAAUUGCAGAGUUUAACUCCAGACAAUUCGAGAGCCUUAGCGGAAGCAAAAUCCUCGGCUUCAGCUUUGGAUGCAAAAAAAACCGGGACUGCGGUCGCCGACCUUGUAGACCUCGAGCUGGAGCUCAACAGUUUGCAACAGGGCCUCAACCAAAUGGAGAGAAUAACCCCUUCCGACCCUUUUGGAUCAAAGGAUGACCCAUUCGGCGACAGCUUUAUAAGUUAUCCGAAACCCAUUCUGCCGCCCCCUCCUUCCGGUAGGGAGCGCGCGAGUCGCGCAUCGGAGUCCAGUUCGGUGUUCAGCCCGAAAACGCCGAACACGGCCGAUUCCGCGAAUCUGACGAGCAGAUCCGGGCACAGCCGAAAAGACUUCUCCUUCUCGCACGACUUCGUUAGCAGUCGGGAGGAGACGAGCGGCGAUUGGUUCACGCCCAGCAACAGCAUUUUCGAGGAGGCGCUGAUCGCCGAGCCGACCAAAGACGAGAAGCACGAGCUGGCCAAGCAGGAGAUUUUGUCGCAGUUCGAUGUUUUCACCGAAUUGGAUCCUUUGGGUUCUGGCAGAAGUAAGCCUUAUAUUGAUAAGAAACAUUUCUUUCAAGAACUCAAAAACCCGCCGAAAAAGGUCCUCAACGACCUCGUUCCGAACAACAACGCGACCGCCUCUAAAACCGUUUUUUCCGCCGACCCUUUCGGCGAGGACCCUUUCGUCCGAGAGGACCCUUUCGCUGAAACCGACUUUAGCAAGCAGGACCCUUUCGAGACCGAGUUCAACGAAUUUACCGAUCAGUUUAAAGCCGAGGCGAAAAAGUACGACAGUCUGCACAGUCUGCUACAGUCUACUCUCAGUAAAUCCCCCAAAAGUUCCGUACUAGAUAAAACAUUGUUCGACGACAAAAAAGUCAACAAUAAAUUCAGCGAAUUGCACGAGAAUCCCAGCUUGGAUAUGUCCUCGGAGUCGGAGUGCGCGCCCGAGCCUCCACCGCGGCCGGCUUCGACUUUGAUGCAGAUAAAACCGCCUCCGCUACCGCCGAAAAAACAAAACGACAUCGCUAACAGACCGCCGCCGCGUCCGCCGCACGCUGAAGAUCCGAUCUACGACUACAUGGACAAUUACGAGACGGCGCCCAACAGUUUGGAGUACUUUAAGGGCGUCGAAAAAAGCCCGCCUCUGCCUGUACCCGCGCGAAAGUCAAAGUUUGAAUCGGCCGCCCCGGAACGGCCCAAAAAGCACUUCAACAACUUGCAACACGCUGAAGAGGAUUAUCUAACACCCGUGUGUUCGUUCGGUAAAUCCCCGGAUGCAAUUCUCCUCCCUCCUCCGCAGAGAAGCAGAAAACAACUCCCCUCCUUGGAGGGUUUGGACAUAACUUUAAGCCAACUCACCUUAAGCGGCCUCAACGAACUGGCGAACAAAUUAAAGAUUCCGCCGAGUCAAUUAAGCAACAUGACGCUGGUGCAACUCACAAACUACCUAUCGAACUUUAUAAAAUCGCAGAGCGUGGAGGAAGAAAAAAACGAAGUUGUGACCAACAGCAACGACUUCAGCAACUUUCAGGCGGAUUUUGCCGGCAAUUUUAACAAUCUCAACCCUUGCGGAGAAACCUACGACAGAUACGCCGUGUUCAGGGAACUAAUAGAGGAGGAAAUAAAGCAGACGAAAAUCGACGGCGAACCCGAACAACUGCACGAGGAGGAGGAGGAAGAGGAAGUUGAGAAUAACGCCGUGGAAAACUCCAACUCGAAUUUCGCUUCCGUUCAGGAGAGCAACGGUCUCACCGACAGAUACGCUGCCCUGAGGGAAAUCGUGGAAAUCGAGCUGAUAAAGCAGACUGAAAACUACAACGAAGAAACAAACACGAACGAGAAUAUGGUGGAGGUGGAAAACAAACUGAACUCGGAAGACAAUGAGCUUAAGGAUGCCAUAAUCUCGGUGGUCGAGAAAGGGUCGAAAUCGCCGGUCAAGACGAACUUGGUGAAGAGUCCCGUGCCCAGCGCCGUAACGGAAAUAGUGCAGAACAACGCCAGGCUCACUUCCGGUUCGUUGUCGGACGUGAUCAGCGGAAGUUCGCCGGAGAUCGACAACACCGGAAGCAAUUCGGAGAAAAAGAACAACGAUGCCACAGGUGAAAGUUGGGCGAUAUUUGAUCAGGCCAAUGUUCCCUCAGAACCUUCCAAGGAAAAACAGCAAAGCGAGGAGGGCGUGUCUCCAUGGUCCAGCGACUCCAAAGAGUUCGGGAACGGUUCGCCCACCGACUGGAAACGAGGCGACUCAGGUAGCGAACAGUGGCCGAAAAAAAGGAGGGAACAGGAGGGGUGGUGGGACACCUCUGCCGAACCAGAAGCUCAGUACUACCCGCCGUCGAACCGGCGCUCCACCGACAGCUACGACGAGGAGUACUACGAGUGCUACGACCGGCCGCGGCGGCGGCGCCCGGGCAACUGGGCGUCGGGCGGGGGCGGUGCCGGGGGCGGCGGCGGUCAGCACGCCGCCGGCGGGCAUUCCUCCUCUUCCAGGGACGCGAGUCCGUGGGAGGAGGAGCCGACUCGCAGGCGGGAGGUGCGCGAACCGAGGGAGGGGCGGGACGGGAGGGGCGGCUGGGGGCGGCACCAGAGGCAGGCCUCGUUCGAGAGGCAUCGACGGCACACCGCAGACAGUUGGGACGAAGAGGAUGAUUAUGAAUACGAAGACGAAAAAGUGUACUGGUCGGAACGUCACGGCCGGGAAGCGGAGAGAGAUAGACACAGCGUGGGCAGCAGGGAAGCGGACAGGGAUAGGCACAGCGCGGGGAGCAGGGAGCACGAGGGGGACCGAUGGGGGGGCGACGACUGGAGCGAGGACCGCCGUCACAGGCGGCGGAGGGAGGUCGAGCGCAGCCGCGACAGGUGGUGCUGCCCGGAUUACGACCAAGGAGAGCACGAUAAAGUUCGGUACGGCAGCGGCAGAUGGCGCGACAGGAAGCACGACGACAGGUACUACAGCAGGGAGUCGCAGGACUCCCCCUGGGAGGACGACUACUCCAACGAUCCGGAGGAAUCGUCGGUGUCGCCGCAUUAUUCGGCCGCGCGCAGCCGCAACUGGAAGCAGCGGCCGAGCAGCGCCUCGGAAAUGGACAGGAAGACCGGCGAGAUCAAGUCCAGGCAUCAUCUCGGAACAGGAGGUAGCGACGGAGAGAGGGAUCGACGCUACAAAGGCGGCGGCCGUCGGUCGCGCAGCCGCGACUCGCAGUACUCUGAGCCGCCCCCGCACCGCCACAAGGUGGAGGCGGCGCCGGCCUCCCGCAACCCGCAUCGCACCAAACCGCACCACCAAAAACCGACCGCAGACGUGGAUUUUACGGACGGCCUCAAAAAAACCUCAGACGCCCUGAAAUUCGACUUGUCAGCGAAAAAAUCGAACACCCUCGCGAGGAGAGACAAGAAAGUCAAGGAGAGUCCCAAAAGCGAGAGCGGCACUUUUCCGAGGAAAUCUUCCGGUAGAAAGUCUUUGUUCGAAAACGACUUCGUGUCUUCCGAAGACGGUCCUAAAAACACCCGAACGCCCGCGAAGUUUGAUUUCGAGAACGAUUUUGAGACGUCCGAGGCGGAAUCGCCGACUGUGGCGCCCUCUAGGACGGUUAAGGGUUUGCGUCAGCAGAGCAUGUUUGAAAAAGGAAGUACGCCUGCGGAUCGCGAACCCGCCCGAUCGGGUUCGUUCAAGGAACCCAAACUGUCUCCGAGGUACAGCGCGAAAUCGAAAUCCCUGUUCGAGGACGAUUUCUCUCCGUGCGGCGAAAAAGCGGACGCUUCGGAAGACAACAACAUUUCGAGCAUAAAAGAGGAGGUCGACCCCAACGAGGAGGGGGAGGAUACGUUCGCGGCGGCGGCGGCGGAGGCGGAAAAAACGUCGCGCAGGGACUCGCGAAAAAAAAUCCUGUCGACCAAAAAUCGACUGUCGGGCGGCUUGCGCACCGCCGAUCUAAAAAAAUCCGAGUCCGUCAACAUUUUCGCGCGGGGAAAACGACCCGUUCGACGACGACUUCUUCAGCGGCGGCGGCGCCGCCCCCGCAGCGGUCGGCGGCGGCCGACAGAGGAGCACGGAACUGAGGUGGACCGAAGACUUCGACGGUUUCGGUAAUAGGGCUAACUGAACCGAAAACUACACGUACUUAGGAAAUUUGCAUUAAUUAAAUUGAUCGAUGGUUUCUGAUGGGGGCAGUUUGAAGUCGAAUUGAGGUAUGUACAGGGUGUCCCGCUUAAAGUCGACCCCC